AUGCUUUACGAUGCUCAAGGAGUUAAAAUUACUAAUAAUAAGCCUUUAAAGUUACCUUUAGAUUUGGAAGAGCAUCACCACCAUAGAGAAAAGAGACAGAGUUUAUACCAAAAUAAAUCUACUCCUGCUUCAUUGUUCGAGCCUCAUACUUCUUUAAAAGAUAUAGAGCAUAAAGAAGCAGCAAAAAGCGUUAUAAAACAUUUAGAAAAAGCAGUAGGUCAUGACCAAGCUAAAUAUAAAGAGCUAAUUAUAGUUGCUGAACCGCAAAUGCUUGGUUGCGUUCGUCAUGAGCUUAAAAAUGGUCUAAAAAAGAUGAUUACCAAAGAAAUAGCGAAAGAUUUAGUGCAGCAUAAUGCUGAGGCAGUCGAGAGGGCAGUGUUUUCAUAA